AUGGGAAAAACAAGAAAAGAAAAUCCAGGUAACUUUUAUAAGUUAAGAUACAGAUUUAUAUUGUACUAAAUACAUUAUAAAAUUUGCCAUUCAGAUAAUAUAAUAACAAACAUGCAAGUAGUUAAAUCUAAAUACUUUUAUCUGUAAAUAAGCAUAUAGUGUAUCAUAUUUAAGACAAAUUAUGCUUACUCUAUAAAACAGUAAUAUUCCUUAUUUAUUCUUAUGAUAAGUGAUAUAUUUGUUUCAAAAAAUAUAUUGUGUUUAUAUUGAAGUAAUUUGUAUUAAACAAAAUGUUGAAUUUUAUAAAAAGCAACAAACAGGGAUUAUUUUAGUGUACUAUAUAAUAUCAUUACAUUCAUAAUAAUAUAAUAAUAGAUAUGGCUAAUCUAUUAUUUUAUUUUGUCUUUUGGCUUUCCGUUUACUAUACAAUAAAAUAUUUUUAAAAUUUCUGUAUCCUAUUAUAUAAACUUUUUAAACAGGAUUGUAAAAUAUAUUGGUUAACCAGCUACCAUCUUCAUAUAUCUAAUUGUUUAUAAUUAUUUUAAUUAUUUAACAAAGUUUACUAAGGUUUAAAAUACUAAAUUAGGUCUAUGCAUACAUAAGUAGUAUAUGAUUUCUAAUAGAUAUUUAAAACUAAGGAUAUACGUAAUUGGCUUUAAAUACCUAAAUUAAAUAUACAUGAUAAAUUAUUGUAUUUCUUAAUGUCAAAAAAUAUUUGAUCUUAUAUUUCAAAAAUAAACUUAGCUUAUUGUUUCUGAUUGUAUAAAUUAAUUGUUCUGUGUAGUUUUAAAAAUGUUUAAAAUGUAUGGAUAAUUCAUUCUGUAUUAUUGAAUUUAGACAAAUUAAUUUUUACAUUUUAAAAUAUUUGCAGAGAAAAGAGGCAGAAAGAGGAAGAAGGAUGAUUUUGAUGAAAAUUCUAUGGGUUUGGAUGAUCCAGUUUUAUUAGCUGUAAAUGAAGAAGGUAUGUUGUCUAUAUUUGUAUUUAUAAACUAAUUAUUAUUGUAAUCAAUUGAAGUUGUUACAUUGUGGCUAUUAUAAAUUAAAUAUUGCAUUUCAUUCAUUAAUAAAAUACAUUAUAAUAUUUUUUUAUAGAGGGUUUACCUAGUGCAGCAAAAAAAACUGCAGAAACUGCUGAUGCUCAAAAUUGUGUAGAAGAUGAUUUUGGAGCUAAAGAUUAUAGAUCUCAAAUGAACCUCAAAGCAGAUCAUGCUUCACGACCAUUGUGGGUUGCUCCUGAUGGACAUAUAUUUCUAGAAUCAUAUUCACCUGUAUACCGUCAUGCUCAUGAUUUUAUGAUUGCGAUUGCUGAACCAGUUUGCAGGCCAAUUCAUUUACAUGAAGUAAAUAGAUUUAAUAAUAUUAUUUUUUUUUUACACCAUAUCUACUUAAUUCAAUGUUAUAUUUAUUUAAUUUAAUAAAUACUUUUAUUAAAACUAAUAUUUUUACCUGCCAACCUAAUCUAUUCAAUGUUAUAUUUGUUUAAUUUCAGUACAAACUUACUGCCUAUUCAUUGUAUGCAGCUGUAAGUGUUGGAUUGGAGACUAACGAUAUUAUUGAAUUCUUAAAACGUUUAAGUAAAACUAGUAUACCUGAUGGAAUAAUAGAGUUUAUAAAUAUUUGCACACUAUCAUAUGGCAAAGUUAAACUAGUGUUAAAACAUAAUCGAUACUUCAUUGAGUCACAACAUCCAGAUAUGUUACAGAAACUUCUUAAAGAUCCAAUUAUAGGUUCAUGUCGCCUCAAAAGACUGGAAGAUACAGAUGCCCUAAUAACUGAACAAAAAAAAAUUGAAACAUCACAUGUAAGAUUUUAGUAUUUGAAUGUUAUGAAGAGUUUAAUAAAUGUACAAUUUAAAAAAAAAAAAAAACUAUCUAUAAAAACACUAUUGAACUAUUAAUUUUCAAAUAUUUAAACACAAAACUAAUAUUGCAAAUCUUAUUAUAAAAUUAAUGAAUUUUUCACAUCAUUGUUUAUAUAAGUUUAUACAACUUUAAAAUUGUAUUUCCUACUGUAGUUAUCACAUUUAUUAUUCGGAUAUUGAUUUCCAGUUUCCUGGUGAAUCUUCAGAAAAAAAAGAAGAAUCUGUUAAUGAUGUAGUUCCUAAAGAUAUAACAGACUUAUAUGAAAAAAUUGAUAAGGUAGAAGAAGAAGAAGAUGAAAAAACACAAAAUCUCGUAUCAUUUGAAGUUCAACAAGAGAAAAUCGAAAUCAUUCAAAAACGCUGUAUAGAAAUUGAUACACCUUUAUUGGUUGAAUACGAUUUUAAAAAUGAUAAAAUCAAUAAAGAUAUUAAGUAUGAUAAAAUACAUUUAGUAUUGGUCAAAUUGAAGGUAUUUUCAUUUUUUUUUUUACAGCAUUGAUUUAAAACCUCAUGCAACAUUAAGACCUUAUCAAGAAAAAAGCUUAAGAAAGAUGUUUGGAAAUAGUCGGGCAAGAUCAGGAAUAAUUGUAUUACCAUGUGGUAAAUAAUUUGUAAUUAUCUGCAUAAUUAUUAAGUAUUUUAUGCUUGUGAUGUACAGCUAAAUGUAUUAAAUCUUAAAUUUUGAACAUAUGGUAAAAUUCAGUUUAUGUAUUGGUGGUGUUCACUCUUGAACUUAAUAACUUUUCCAUUAUUUUUAAUUGAUUUGUGCUUGCAUAACAAAAAAAAUAAAAUUAAAGAAAAAAAAAAUGUUUAGUAACCAGACAUAAUUAUUGACUAUUGUUGAUUGAUAUUUUAUUUUAUUUUCCCAAACUAUGUUCUCAUUCAAAUUAUAUAAUAAUUCAGAAAAAAUAAAUAAAACCUUAUAAACAAAUUAUUAAACAUACAAACUAUAUACCACUACAUUCCACUUUAAAAUAAAUUCUGCAGUGCAAUAAUUAUUAUCUAGCUAUGUAUUAAUUAUAUUUGUUUUAUUUGAUUAGAUAGUUAAAACUAAUAGUCUAGUAUUUAUUAGUUAAAUUGUAAUUUUAGGUGCUGGAAAAAGUUUAGUAGGAGUAACAGCUUGUUGUACGGUCCGAAAACGUGCAUUAGUCCUUUGCAAUUCAGCAGUAUCAGUAGAACAAUGGAAAUAUCAAUUUAAAAUGUGGUCAACAGGUAUUUAUUCAAAUAUUAAAACGUUUAUUUAUUUUCUAUAUUUCAUGAUUUGUUAUAGCCGAUGAUAGUUUGGUAUGUAGAUUUACAUCUGACGUUAAAGAUAAAUUAAUGGGCUGUGGUGUGUUCAUUACAACCUAUUCAAUGAUAACACAUACACAAAAGAGAUCUUGGGAAGCUGAACAAACAAUGAAGUGGAUUCAAGAACAAGAAUGGGGUAUUAUGGUUCUGGAUGGUAAGAAGUAAUAUUUAAUAAAUACUUUUACAAUAUUAUGUACUUUUAUUUUAAUAAUUUAGAAGUGCAUACUAUACCAGCUAAAAUGUUCAGACGUGUAUUAACAUUAGUUCAAUCGCAUUGCAAAUUGGGUCUAACGGCCACGCUAUUACGUGAAGACGAUAAAAUUGCAGAUUUAAACUUUUUAAUUGGACCUAAACUAUUUGAAGCUAACUGGUUAGAACUACAACAACGAGGUUACAUAGCUAAAGUACAAUGUUCAGAAGUAUGGUGUCCUAUGGCGCCAGAAUUUUAUCGUGAAUAUUUGGCUACUAGAACCUGUAAAAAAAUGGUAAUUUAAAAAGGUUAUAACAAAAAAAAAUAUACAAUGAUUAUAUAUUUUUAUAGCUUUUUUAUGUGAUGAAUCCAAAUAAAUUUCGUGCUUGUCAAUUUCUAAUACGUUAUCACGAAGAAAGAGGAGACAAAACUAUUGUAUUUUCUGAUAAUGUUUUUGCCCUUAAAGAAUAUGCUUUAAAAUUGAGUAAACCUUUUAUUUAUGGACCAACAUCUCAGGUAAUCAAUAAUAUAAAUAUUUAAAUAAAUAAGAAAUUAAGAAAGAUGAUAUACUUUUUUUAUAUUUUUGUCUUCUAAAUGAAAUUGUAAUAUUUUAUAUUUAGUCUGAAAGGAUCCAAAUUUUGCAAAAUUUUAAAUUGAAUCCAAAAGUCAAUACCAUAUUUGUCAGUAAAGUUGCAGACACAUCCUUUGAUUUACCAGAUGCUAACGUUUUAAUUCAAAUCUCUUCUCAUGGUGGGAGUCGACGUCAAGAAGCUCAACGCUUAGGCCGUAUUUUACGAGCUAAAAAGACUGCAAUCGCUGAAGAAUAUAAUGCAUUCUUCUACACCUUAGUCUCACAAGACACAAUGGAAAUGAGUUUUUCAAGAAAACGUCAGAGAUUCCUUAUUGACCAAGGAUAUAGUUACAAAGUAGUUACCAAACUUGCUGGAAUGGAUGAGGUUGUACAAUCAAAAUUUAAAAACAUCUUAAUACCUUACAUUUUUAUGUUUUUAUUUUUUAUCACAGGAUUCGACGUUAUUUUAUUCCAGUAGAGAAGAUCAAGGUUUAUUAUUAAGUAGAAUCUUAGCAGCUAAUGAUACAGAUGCAGAUGAAGAACGAAUGCCAUAUGAGGGGACAUCCAAGUCUUACAAAAAAAUUUCUGGUAAAAUGAGUUCUAUGUCAGGUGCUGAUGAUGCAGUUUAUGCAGAGUUUAGAAGAAAUUCUGGUGUUAAACAUCCAUUGUUUAAAAAGUUCAGACAUUAA